CCCCCGCGCCCCGGGGGCAGCGCCGCCGCCGCGCUACCCGCAGCCCCCGCCUCGGACCGAUUUUCCUACAACAUCUUCCUUGUUCCAUCUUGUCUAUACUUUCUCUAGUGGUAAAUCAGUCUGCAGAAGCUCUGCAAAAGAAAUCCUCUCUACUGCUGGACAUCCUAUGAUAGAAGCUUGUCAAUAAGAGAAUGAAGAUGCACCAACGUUGAACUCUCCUAAAGUUUUCUUUUCAGAGGCUGCCAUGACAGAAAUUGAUGGGGGAGGGGAUCUGGAAAAAGGAAGUGUGUGCUUCUGUGGUGUGAAGAAAGCCAUAAAAGAGGAAGGAACAAAUUAUGACAUCAACAUCUAAAGGAAUUUUCCGGCCAUUUUUGAUCGUCUUCAUUGUUCUUGGUUGUUUCAUGGCAUUUAUACUAAUUUAUAUUAAACCAACAAGCAGCUGGAUCUCUACUCCUGUGGAAUCAGCCAGCUCAGUUUUGAAAAUGAAGAGCUUCUUUUCUUCCAAAACUGAUAAUUUUAAUGAAACUAUUAUUUUGGUUUGGCUUUGGCCGUUUGGCCAGACAUUCGAUCUAACAUCUUGCCAAAUGAUGUUCAACAUCCACGGGUGCCAUCUGACUAUUGACCGCUCAUUAUAUAACAAGUCCCACGCAGUUCUUAUUCAUCACAGGGACAUUAACUGGGAUCUGACUAAUUUACCUCAGCAAGCCAGGCCACCAUUCCAGAAAUGGAUUUGGAUGAACUUGGAAUCUCCAACUCAUACUCCACAAAAGAGUGGCAUUGAACACCUCUUUAACCUAACCCUGACUUACCGGCGUGAUUCAGAUAUUCAGGUGCCUUAUGGCUCCAUGAUGGUCGGUACAGGCUCCUUUACAUAUGAAGUGCCAAGUAAAGAAAACUUGGUUUGUUGGGUUGUAAGUAAUUGGAACCCUGAGCAUGCUCGAGUCAAGUAUUACAACGAGCUUAGCAAAUACAUUGAAAUCCAUACUUACGGCCAAGCCUUUGGAGACUACGUCAACGACAAAAACUUAAUUCCAACUAUCUCCAGUUGCAAAUUCUAUCUUUCGUUUGAAAAUUCAAUCCACAAAGAUUACAUUACUGAGAAACUUUAUAAUGCUCUUCUGGCUGGAUCAGUGCCAGUCGUACUGGGCCCUUCCAGAGAAAACUACGAGAAUUACAUUCCAGCAGACUCUUUUAUCCAUGUGGAAGAUUUUCUAUCCCCAAGAGAUCUGGCAGAAUAUCUUCUGAUGCUUGACAAAAAUAACAAGAUGUACCUUAGUUACUUCAACUGGAAGAAGGAUUUCUCAGUGCAUCUUCCUAAAUUCUGGGAAUCGCAUGCAUGUCUUGCUUGUGAUCAUGUGAAAAGACACCAGGAAUACAAGUCAAUUGGAAAUUUAGAAAAAUGGUUUUGGAACUAAUUUGUGUGUGUGUGUGUAUGUAUGCACCUUUUUGAAGAAGCUAAUGGAUCUUUAGUCUAAGUGGAGAGUAAAGGAAUAAGGAAAGAAGAAGGAUGAACCUCACAGAACCUUAUGUCAAGGUUUAUCAGCCAUCCUCUCUUGGCUAUCCUAUUUAUAUUUUGUAAGAGAUUUUAAGAAUUAUGAGCAGCAGUCAUCAAUACUCAGUUUUAAAUUAUAAUGUUCAUACUAAUCAUGUGCACUGAAGAACAUAUGAUUGUUUACUAUAACUUUUAAACAAGAUUUUUCACAUUUUCUGUGGAGUAUGUCUCAGUCUUACACAUAAAUUGACAUUUUAAACAAUUUUUUUCUUUUUUUCUUUUUUCUUUUUUGUUUCUUCUUUUUUCUUUUUCUUUUUUAACAUUUUAUUUGCUGUUUAAUCUAUUUGCAAAAUGAGAACACAACUCUUAAAUGCCAUAGAGAAUUUUAAAAGGAUAAUUUGCUCUAGUGUUCUGAAAUAUGUGUAUUUGAUUAAAAAAAAAAAAAAAAAGAAACAGAAACAGUAUCUAUAAUUAUUUCAGUGUGAUAAACUGCACCCCUUUUUAAGGGUGCAGAAUCUAGAAAUACAGUUUUUAAAAAAGAAUCACAGUAGCAGACAGUCUUUGUUUAAAAAACAUGGUUUCCCAAUAAACAACAUCUAGAGUUACUUUAGCAAUACGUCAGUUCUUACCUUCUGAAGAAUAGAGAAGCAAGAUAUUGAGAAAAUAAACAAUCUUAGUGACCAAAUCCCCGAUUCAUCCAACUUUUCAGUGAAUUUAUAUGUAGAGCAUUCUUGUGUCUCAAGUACAGUUUAUGUGAACCAGGGCUGUAAUUGGUAUUAUACUGAUACAGAAAUAAACAGAUUUUAAUUUAGGUAUUUGACUGAAUCAGCCUCAUGCACUGAAUUCAGCUGGUAAUAGUGAUUGUUUAGAAAUAGCUUGUUGUGAAAUUCUAGAAAUGUCUCCCAUAAUCCUUUUUAUAAUUGUGGUGUUUCUCUCCACUUCUAUAAAGGUCUGUUGAACUUUAUCGAUAGAUGGCUGACUUGCUGAGUGGCAAGUUUCUUUUCUGAAAGAUAUAUGCUGAAAAUCAGUAAAUAAGUUACCAUGCUGAAGUAUUCAACCAUUCAACUCAUUAAGCUAAUGAGUUUUGGUUUUUGAAACUAUUUUAUGUGACAGGUAUAAACAAAAGCAAUCUCAAGAACAGUAGAUGCUUUCAAAGGGAAAUUCUUACGUAUUGAAUUGCGCUGACAGCAAAUACAAAAAUGUGAUGAUUGUUAUGAUUGUUUAAAAUAUGUCUGUCUCAAAUGUCUGUUAUUUGAUCUUAUCACUAUUUUUUUUUCAUCAGCUCAUACUUAAAUACCGGAUUGCUAUGUAUUGUCAUAUGUACAAGGUUUGUUUAAUGACAUGGACAUACAGAUAUAUUUUGGUAGCAACUGAAAGCCAAUCAGUUUUUUUUUCAUGCCAAAAUAUUACACAUUGCUCUUACUAAUGAGUUGCAGUCAGCUGCAGAAUCAUAUGUCUGUUUUUUUUUAUAUGUUUAAAACUACACUGGAUAUGUUCACUCUUUUCUUUAAGCUAGAGAAAGGGUUUAAAAGUAAUUGAAAUAAAUGUUAAAAGUUACAAAUUCACUGGUAAACAUCACACAGUAGACUAGUACAUUAUUCCAAUAGUUAACAGGUGAAUAUUGACUUUAAACUUUUAAGACUAUCCAUAAGUAAAAUGAAAUGAGGUGUAAAAAUGUUGAAGGAUGAAGGUGCAUUUUCAUUUACUGUGAACAAAUAUGCAUUCUGCUACUAAAGUAAAGCAUGGUAAAAGAAACUAUUAAAAAAAAUCAAAAGAUGAAAAGAUUAUAAAAGUUAGUGAAAAACUCCAGCUUAUGUGAUGUAGAAGACUUUAUUCAAGCAACAUAAUUGAUCGAACAUGUAACAUUAAACCUGAAGACAACAACUCUGAUGAAGAGAUUAAGGGAUAUGCAAUGAUAAAAUUUAGCAAAAAAUAAUGUGAUCUGUGAGACACUUCUUUUAACUCAGACUGGAAAACAAACAUGGAAGGCUGUAAUGGAAAUAUAGUUAAACUUAUAAACUGAGAAACUCCUUUGGAAAUGUUACAGAAAAAACUUGUGUUCCUCCCCAUGGCUUCAAAAGCUGUUUAUUUAUUUUGUUUAUUGCUGUCUUGAAAAGCUUAUUUACAAGAUACGUGAGCCUUCCAGAUUCACCAGCAUUCCAGAAGGAAACAGGAUGAUUUUACGUUACAAAUUAAUGCAAUAGAAGGAAAAACAGUCUUCAGCAAACAAAGUGUAUUACAUAUAUGUAAUGUGAAUUGCAUUCAUGUCAUUUUGAAGGCAAGUGGCUACACGAACAAAACCUUUCUAUUUCUUCAUACCUUUAGUUUUCAGGAGGAUUGUGAAGUUCUCAGCUGCUGAAAAUGCUAUUGAUGUGGCUAGGUAACCUGAUCUCCUUGAUGAUGGAAUUAAGAUUUUUUUUUUUUUUUUUUUUUUUUUGCACUGACCUCACUAGAAGUAUAUUCACCCUUUUGUGAACAUCCACAGUCCCUUACUUCAUUCCUCACACCAGACAGCAGGAGUUGUACUGGGUGUUACAAGGCCUUAUUCAGAUGAGACCGAUUCCUUAGCUUGAAGAUCCAGCAUCUCAGCUCUUACUCAAUUAAAUAUUGAACACAGUAAAGAAAUGACUAAAAAUGUUACUUGUUACUAUGAAAAUCUAUUGGUAUUGUGGUUUAACCUAGCAGACAGAUAACCACCACACAGUUGUUCCCUCAUUCCCCUCUAAGUGAGAUGGGAGAGGCAAUCAGAAUAAAAGCUGAAACUCAUGGGUUGAGAUACAUACAGUUUAACAUGACAGAAAAGGAAGAUAAAAUAAAAACAAUAAAAGAAUAUACAAAACAAGUGAUGCACAAAGUGAUUGCUCACCAUUUGCCAACCAACACCCAAGCAGUCCCUAAGCCCAGUGCCACUCUCAGCCAACUCCCCCAGUUUUAUUGUUCAUCACAGUGUCAUACGGUAUGGAAUACUCCUUUGUACAGUUUGGAUAAGCUGUUCUGAUUCUGUCCCAUCCCAGCUUCUUGUGACACCUGCCUACUUGCUCUCAGGACACCACAAGCAGUUGAAGAGUGCUUGACUUAUUAUAAGAACUACUCAUCAUCAACUAAAGAAUCAGAAUUUCAGAAUCAUCAGAAUUCAUUCUUCAUUAGUUUGGGUGAUUCUUAUUGUAACACCAUUAAUAUGGCAUAUAGCAACCAGAAGCAUGACAAGUUGAAAUGUCUUUGAUUCAGUGCAAGAAAUGCUCAGCUACAACUAAGACAUUAUUCUCAUCUAAGAUCCAAACCACAGCACUGUACUGUUAGAAAGAAAAUUAUCCCUGCUGAAACCAGGGCAGAUGUAUACACUGGAAAGUUUUGAAAUAUAUGCAAAGUGUUAAUAUUGUAAAUAAUGUUGACCUUUGUGAGCACUGGAUCCAUUCAGUCGGGCAAUUCUUGAGCUGAGUUCUAGGGUAUGUGAAAGCUUUUUGCUGGAAAUGGAAACAGAGUACUUAAUAGAAACUCCACUCAAGUUUGUAUAUGUUGCCUUCAGGAUGCACUGAUCAAAUUGUUUCAAAGAUUAAUAAGACAAGAGAGAAAUCUAUUUUAUAUUGAAGUGACAAAGAAUCAUGAUUAAAUCCUAAGCUAUAGACAAGGCUCUAGUACUACAGUGACAUUCCUGAAGCAUGUUGACUGUAUGUAAACGAUCCAGCCAUUUUAUGAAGAUUUUAGUGGGAUCUACAGGUAUCACCAAGAUUUAAGCAGUGCUGAAUGCAGUAAGACACACUGAGAGAAGUUGCAGCAUCAUGUACAGCCUAGGUGGUAAAUGGUGUGAGGCGAUGAAUGUAAAUCAUACGGACUUCAUGCAUGCAGAAAGACAGUCUGCCUAGAUACGUAUUCCUAAGUUCCUAGUUCAUGGCAGAUUUAUUUCAGUCUCUAUAACAUUAGACAUUGGUCUUAUUCUGUGCUUCUUCAGUGAGCAAUCCUACCUGAAUAAUUAGCAUUAUAUGUUCAAAUUGUACGUCACUAUGAAGUAGAAUGGGGAAAAACAAGUGAUUAGGGAAGGGAAAAUAAUAUUGAAUUAGUUAAAAUAGUCCACAUGGAGUACCGCAUCCAGUUCUGGUGCCCCCAGUACAAUAAGGACACUGAGCUGUUGGAGCAGGUCCAGAAGAGGGCCACAAAGAUGAUGAUCAGAAGUCUAAAGCACCUCCCCUAAAGGGACAGGCUAAGAGAGCUGGGGUUCUUCAGCCUUGAGAAGAGAUGCUCCAAGGAGAUCUUACAGUGGCCUUCCAGUACCUGAAGAGGGCCUGCAGGAAAGCUGGGGAGGGAUUUUUUUAAAAGGACAUGUAGCAACAGGAUGAGGGGAAAUGGCUCUAAACUGGAAGAACGUAGAUUUAGGCUAGAUAUUAGGAAGAAAUUCUUUACUGUGAGGACGGUGAGGCACUGGAACAGGUUGCCCAUGAGGCUGUGAAUGCCCCUUUCCUGGAAGCAUUCAAGGCCAGGCUGGAUGGAGCUGUGAACAACCUGAUCUAGAGGGAGGUGUCUCUGUCUAUAGCAGAGGGUUGGAACUAGAUGAUGACCUUAAAGAUUCUGUCUGUUCUAUGAAAAGAAGGUAUUAUUUAUGCCUCGAUACUGCUGGCAGAAGAAGGUAAUUAUACAACUAAGAAGAAACGAAAGAUGAGAAAUUGAACCAAUUCUUAGUGUUUUCUCAACAAUUUUACUUCAGUUAGUGUGUUUAUUUUCCAGCCCACAGUAAUCCAGUGGCACAAUUACUUGUUUACUUGUCACAAGUUACUUCUUUAAAGACAGAGAGUAUUUUAUAAUGCUUUCUUUUGGAUGUUUUUAGGUGCUCUGUCAUACAAUGAGCUAUGAACAUUACUGUCCUUGUCAGUGUGGAAAAUAAGACAUAAAACAGAAAAAAUACUAAUAGCAAAUACAUUCCUAUCCCACUGAAUGUGAACAGGCAUCAGAUGAACUGGCAGCAGAUCUUCCUAAAAUAGACAUUUGUUUUAAUUUUACCGACACUCAAUGACCAUAGAAGCUCCUGCUCAACAGGAGAUCUCCUUCCUUAGAAAAUCCUGGUUGUGAAUUUCUUUGAAUGCCUUUUGAUAUCCGAGUUUGCCCACAGAUUGUCCAAGAAAUAACCAUCAACAUAUUUGUCUUUUAGGAAACAUAUCAAAUAAAAUGAAAGAUGGACAAAGAGAGCAGCAAAAUACAGAGUUGCAAAGUUCAUACAGACUGAAUGCUGCCUGUGAGCACUGCUGAGCAUGAAAAACAUCCAGUUACUGGUUCUAGCUAUUCAUGUUUGUUUCUCAACCUGAAUAUAAAAAACAUGCCAUAUAAUUUUCUCCCAUUUCUCAUCAGACAAGCAUCAGUUAAAUAACCAAUAACUGUUGCUGAUUAUUCAAGAAUGUCACUCCUGUUGGUAUUGUAUUCUGUCUCAUAUUAUAUAAAAGAUAACAUUUGGGGUGGAAGGAUGAAGUCUGUCAGUAAGCUAGUCAUAUUUCUAGUCCAACAUGAAGAAUUUCAUUCUUAUCAUCUUUUUUUUUUUUUUUUUUUCAAUUUUGAAAUGAAUCCUUUUCUUAUGUGACAAUGCUUUUUUUAUCCUAGUUCAGGAAGGACUUUAAGCACAUGCAUAUGGACUGGAGACUUGAGCACAUGCUUAAAUUUAAGAGCAUCUUAACUGGCUUAAUGCACCGGAGCUUUUAACGUUAUAUUGUUACUGGCUUUGGGAGUUGUGCAAAAAAUCACAGUGUAUAGCAGAGGCCAACUUCUAUGCUCCUUAUUGAAUCCAUGUGUCUACCCCAUGAUUAGUCUUGCUACUCCAAGCUGAAUACUCUUUGGACUAAUUUUGGCUUAGUGUUAAUUCAUUCAACUUAGUCCCCACUCUUCUGAUUCAGAACACAGCAUGUGCCACCACUGCCUCAUGCCAUCUACUCAGCAGAGCACCCUCCUUCUGCUGUGAGUGAACUUGGGUGUGAGAAACAGAGCUGAGAGGAGAUGAGAUAGCAUUUAGACAAUUGCCCUAGGAAGAAAGCAAAAAAUCUGAUCAUGUCUGCAUCCAGUUAACUCAGACUGAGUGUCCUAGAAGGAUCAGUAUAAGCCAUACACGAUUUUCCUCUUGGAGGAAAACAUUUUGUUCGGACUAGAUGGGACUCUGUGAGUGAACAGCCAUGUGUGCAAACUGGUAACAAGGUGUCCACUGUUUAGGAGAGACAGAGGGCAUCAGUGUGUCUGUGGAGGCUGAGAGGGAAGAUUCUGAUCUAUUUAAAUCAAACAGUUAAUUUUCAGUUAGUCAAAGUCAGUUAGUCAAAUAUUCAGGUGCUUCCUUAGUGAAAACCAGUAUGCUACAAAAAAGAGAAUCUUUUCACCAAAAAGAGGUGAUUAUCUGACAGUUGAUGGGCUUUCUAAUUAAUACUGGCUAACAAUUCCAUUGUGGUUUCAGGUUUUUUUGUGUUUUUUUUUUUCUAACAUACACAAUUUUUAAGUGUUAGACUUCAGUUGGUAUAAUUCAUACAGAAUAGAUGUUUCCGCUUUAACUUUUACUCCUUGCUUAAGGAAACCUCCCUCUGGAGUUAGCAGCUGCUUUGGAAGAUUCCCAUAUGGUAAUACAGGAUUGAGUGUAGAGUGGAAUGGCUGGAAUAAAAACUUCUUAUUCAUGAAUGGUUCCCUUUUAAUAUUUGAAUAAUUACUUCCAGUGCUGUAGACUACAUUCAGAGCAACAUUCAUACUGGUUAGAUAUGUUCAUUAAUAUUACAGAAGUGCCAAUAAGUUGAUGUAAUAAAACAUGCAAUAGUAAUUUUAAUUCAUGCCACAAAUACUGUAAGUGAUACAGAUAAUAAAACCAUAAACUCAUAAGAAAUAAUGAAGUCUAGAGACAUCAUCCUGUGGUUUCAAUACUGGAAAAAGUCCAUUAAUUACUCCAUCAGAAAGGUAAUUAAUUGAGAAUCUUUUAUGUCAUUAUAUUCUCCAUGCAAUUAACUGAAACCAAGAGUUUCUGUGCAGUUCAGAGAUUUGGUCGUGUAGCAAACAGUCUUUCACCUCCAGGUUAAUAGCCUAAAUUAUGAGAAGGUUGAUGCAGGCAGUUAUUUGGAAAACUCUAGCAGAUGAUACUGUUAUCUCAGUAGGGUUUCUCAUUCCUACUUUCAGUCAAGGAGCCAAAGAACUAAAAUGAUACUCAUUUGACAUCUUUGUGCAUUUCUCAGCACGCAGACAGGAUGGCCCAGGAUGCUCUUAGUCCUGCAGCCAGCACCAUGCCUGCUUAUGAUUGCACAGAAGUCUCUGCUGUCCUCAAGAACAUUGGCUUUUUUUGAAGCACUGUGCCUGUCUGGACAAAUGAAGUAUUCAUACCUGGAAGAACUCUUCAUUAACAUUCCUAAGUAAAUACUUAAUAAGAAAAUAAUCUAAUCAUUGCAAAUUGGCAGAAAAAGCAAUUGUUGCUUAGUCUUUAUAUGAAUUACUCCAAUGGAAAAUAGGCUUUGAAGAAAUCUUAUCCCCUUGACUUGAUACCAGUUUGGAUUGAUAUAUAGGGACAUGCAUGAUUGUAAAAUUUGAAAGAUAUACCAUAAAUCAGUGCUCACAUAUAUGAAAUUGGGAUAAAUUUGCUAUAUGUAACUAACCACUUCAGUAGUCACCAGAUAAAAAUACUCCAAUCAAUUCUUUUCUUUAUAGUGUGGUAUAAAAAGCCAGUCUCAUAAAUGCUGUCUAGCAAAUAAUUUAACCCUAAACUCUAAAUUUUCCUUUUCUAUUUUCUUUUGUAAUGCAUAUGUUAGACAAGAGUUAAAAGUAUGGAAAGUUAACUUCCUUGCUGCAAGUUAAUGUUUUAAAGAUACAAAGAAGAAAUUGAAGACAAUAAAGUGAGAAGAUUUUCCAUCUACACAAAAUCCUAAUGUGCCAACCGUUUCCACUGAAUGAAAAAAGCAGUUAAAUAUAAUGACUUUUUAUUAGGAUUUGCAAAUCUUCUACUACCGCACUGUAAUUUUGCACUAUUUUGUAAGAAAAGAAAAAAGAAAAAAAGAAAAAAGGAACUGAAAAAGAAACAGAGAAAAAAAAUCUAAAAAUAGAUGCCAAAUGUAUAGUUUGUAAAAUACUAUUUUUCUUAUAUAAGGUGUCAUCACAUAGUGAAUCCAACUGUAUUAUUGUAAACUGUGAAAAAUGUGAUGUACUGUUGUGACACAGCCUACCAAGGGUCAUUUCUAAUACACAGAUUAGUCAUCUGGACUUGUUUAUAUAUGAUACAUAUUCAUAAAUCUGGUAUCACUUUUAUACUUAUUUUUUGUAGAAUAUUUUUCCACAUUUACAAAACAACUGUUAUUUUUAUCAAACAUUAAUUUUGCUUUAAAAUAUUAUUUAAAUAGGUGAGUGGGUGUCUAAAAUGUGCCAGAGGUUCAAAACCGUAACAAGGUUAAUUCAGAAACUUAUUAUUUGCCAAAUUGUAAUGCUGCUGAAAUCUAAAAUGUUUUAUUGAAGCAAGCAAGCACACUGUCAAUAAACAAUGGUCGCAAUAAUGUUGAUAAUGUUACAUUCACUGAGAUAAAUGCCUGAGAGUUAUGAGCUGUAUUUUCAUUCUGUCUUUCUGUACACUGGUGAAAUGGUACAGGGUGCCAUAGUCGAACACUUUGAUAAUAUGGCAUGAACUUGAACACCAAAAUAUAUGGAUAAGAAUUAGGAGAAAACCCUUCAAGCUGCCUGUCCUGAUUCAAAUCCACUUUGGGAAUCAGUCAUCUUAACACAGGAUCAUUGACUGUUGUACUCAGUACUGUGUCCCAAGAAAGACAGUAAGUUAUGUAUGUAGAAACAUGGGACCACGUUUGUUGUUUUAGUGCAAGAUCAAGACAAGAUCAAGUCCCUUUCUUGUAUAUUGGAGAGUACACAUGUAGCAUUGUAUGGGAUGUGAUAUGAAUCCUUUCUUCAUGUUUUCAACUAAUGGUGUUCCUUGUACAGAAAACUUAAUAUUAUAUGUGUUUUAUAUACUAUAUAUAAUGCAUAAAUUCAUGUGUAAGAAAUGAUAACCAUGGAAAACUGGAUUUUAAUAAAAUUAUGAAAACCAUUCUUACCUUCAGGCACAUUUUAAGAUGCCAUGUUAAAGGAAAUCUUGUAAAAAACUGUAUUUUUUAUUUAUUAGUGAUUAUAUAUUUUGGCCCAUGACAUUUAUAACAGAGAUUCUACCAAACUAUUUCUUUGUUCCCUUUGAAUAAUCUCAUCACCCUGAGGUGCAUCUGAAAAAUGUAGAGGUUUAACCACUGAUGCUUUUCAGUAUAUUUUUAAUUUGAUGUUGUUGUUAAGCUUUCUUCUGAUUACCUAUAACUAUGCUCAGAAUCUUAAACACAGUUUAACAGCAGUCAGGAGACACCUACUGUAUGAAGCUUCAGGUAACUGUAACCACUUCAAGGACAUCCAUCAUUUAUGUGAAAUUAAUCUCUCUGAACUCUGACAUGGUGAACAAGCAGCUCACUGACUCUUAUCUAUUGAGCACUGGAAUUCUCCCCAAAGCAUAAACACUGAAUUAUGUAAAUAAUAGUGCUCUAAAUAAGCCUAAUAAAUUACUGUAUUCGGUAUAUUUAAAAUAAAAGAAAAUCUUCUAAGUGUA